ACCGUGUCUGCUGCUUCAGCAAGCUCACAUGCCUUUAGACAGGAUACAGCAACAAUCUCAGUGUUUUCCAUUCUAAAAACCCCUUUUUCUCUCUAGAUUGACGUGUUACUAUUGAAAUAGCAGACAUGACAGUGACAGUGUACAUGGCCAGUGUGAGCGGCUCUUUGGAGUUGAAGAAAAAUCAAGAAAGGAUCUUUUCUAUCCUGACUUCGAAGAAGAUUCCCUUCAAAACUGUGGAUAUUACUCAAAACACUGACGACAAGGAUUUAAUGAGGAAGAUGGCAGGGAAUGCAAAAGCACUUCCCCCACAAAUAUUCAACGGAGAUGUUUACUGUGGAGACUUUGCUGCAUUCGAGAACGCAAUUGAGAUGGAGCAACUAGAAAAGUUCCUCAAGCUGUAAAGGAUAUAAAAAGCAACAAUAUGGGAUUCUCGGGCAUGUCUUUGUCAAAUUAGCUGCACAAACAAUUGUGAAAGAACAUGGUUUUACUUCUUAUGUGUUAAAAUAUGCUUUAUUGCUUCAAAACACUGCAAAUAAGUGUUUGCCAUAAGGUUUGAAUGGAAAGUAUCUGUGGGUCUUGUAGCAGCACAUUUUGGAUGUUUGUAAAACUCAAAUAAAAUGGCUUUAAACUUUUCAA